AUGAAGACCUUCUUGCCCCUUGUUUCGCUUCUGCUGGGCGUAGGGAUAACCUCCGCCGCUCCCACCGCAAAUGUCGCCGCUGAACAUGAUGUCGCCCCGGAAAGCGCUCACUCAUUCAAGAUCAACGCCUACAGUCCUCCCCCUGCUGAUCGCAAGGUUACGGAUGCCCUACACCGCAGAGAGGAGGUGACUCCGGAAGGUGCAAAUCUUUUUAUCAUCCAUUCCUAUGGUGAUCAGCCUUCAGAACGCAAAGUCGAUAAUGAGUUAGAGCGACAAAACGAGGACAAUGCUGACGGCGCACGUAUCUUCAAUGCUAUCGAGUCCUAUGGUUCCUGA